ACAAAAUUCAUUCAUUCAUUCUCCCUCCUUAAAACUCCUCGUUUUCGACGAACUUCUCUCACUAAAACUAAAUUUCUCUUUGGAAGCCAUGAAAAUGAAUCGCCAUAACCAUUUUCAUCCUAAUCAAACAUUAAUUUCAAUGGUUAUUGUUCUAAUUACAUUACUUUCUAAUUAUGGGAAUAUUAUGAAGUUUACUUAUGCUGCUCCUGCUAAUUCUCUGAUUACUCACCUUCCUGGAUUUUCCGGUACUUUCCCUUCUAAGCAUUACUCUGGGUACGUCACAUUAAGUGGGAGUCCAAGUAAUCAAUCACCUCCCAAGAAUUUAUUCUAUUAUUUUGUGGAAUCCGAAAGAAACCCAAUGAAGGAUCCUGUUGUUUUAUGGUUAAAUGGUGGCCCUGGAUGUUCCAGCUUUGAUGGAUUUAUUUAUGAACAUGGACCAUUUGAUUUUCAGGCUGGGAAGACCAAGAAUAGCCUCCCUUUGUUGCAUCUCAAUCCGUAUAGUUGGUCCAAGGUAUCAAAUAUUAUUUAUUUAGAUUCCCCCACGGGAGUAGGGUUGUCUUAUUCGGAAAAUCAAACUAAGUACCAAACUGGUGACUUACAAACAGCUCGUGAUACUCAUUCAUUCCUCUUAAAGUGGUUCAAGCAAUUUCCGGAAUUUAGGAAAAACAAUUUUUACGUAGCUGGGGAAUCAUAUGGUGGGAUUUAUGUUCCAACCCUUGCAGCUCAAAUUGUACAAGGGCUUAAAGCUAAAGUCACACCCACUAUCAAUUUUAAGGGAUAUAUGGUAGGAAAUGGGGUAACAGCAGAACAAAAAUAUGAUUCUAAUGCUUUGUUGCCUUUUAUACAUGGAAUGGCCUUGAUUUCAGAUGAUAUUUACAAGGAGUUUACAAACACUUGUGGAUUAGAGGAGGAGAAUGAUGAAGUUGCUGUAUGCAAGGGAUAUAGAGACAAACUAUUUAAGGCUCUAGAAGGUUUGAAUAUAUAUGAUAUACUAGAGCCAUGCUACCAUAACCCAGGAAAUGAGAACACAAAGAACUUGUACAUACCAAAUAGCUUCAAACAACUAGGGGUUACAGAGAAGUCUCUUCCUAUAAGGAAGAGAAUGUUCGGCCGCGCAUGGCCUCAUUUAAUGGUGGUGAAGGAUGGUCUUGUUCCUUCAUGGCCUGAGCUUAACUCCAUUCAAAAUGAUCGUCGAGUUUCCGUUCCUUGCACUAGUGACGAAGUUGCUUCAGCAUGGUUAAACAAUGAAGCAGUGAGGAAGGCAAUUCAUGCACAACCAGUAAAUAAAAUAGGUGUUUGGUCAUUAUGUAUGUCACUAGUAUUUAAUCAUGAUGCUGGUAGCAUGAUUAAAUACCACAGUAAUCUCACUGCUCAAGGUUAUAAAGCACUGAUUUACAGUGGAGAUCAUGAUUUAUGUGUUCCUUUUACUGGCACUCAAGCAUGGACUAGUUCAUUAGGGUAUCAAAUUGUGGAUGAAUGGAGGCCUUGGAUGUCUAAUAAUCAAGUAGCUGGGUAUCUGCAAGGAUACGAACACAAUCUGACCUUUCUCACUGUCAAGGGAGCAGGACACACGGUUCCAGAGUACAAACCAAGAGAAGCUUUAGAUUUUUAUAGUCGUUGGUUAGAAGGAAAGCCUAUUUGAUUUAAAAAUCAUUUAAACAAUAGAAUUUUUAAUUUAAAGGGAAAAAAAGAGUGAAAAAGGUUUUUGUUUAUGUUUUAUUUUAGAAUUUUGUCUUAAUAGUUUUAUCAUUUUACUUUGUAUAAAAAAACAAGGAGACAUAAAUCCCAUGUUGUUUGCAAAUGUAACUCAUAUUCUGACGUUUUCAAAAAUAGAUGAUGGCCCAUGGGCAAUGUUAAGCCAA